UCACUAGUUACAUGAUGCCAACCAUGCAACCAAGCGAUAAUUUUUGCAAAAAAUUCAGAACGUGUGACGAGAACGUGUUUGAUUUUGGUAAUUUGUGUUACUUUUUGGGCUAAAAUUUGAAAAAAUUGUAACGAAGUCAUCAAGAAAAGCUCUUUAGAAGAUAGAAACACUAACUAUCAUGGGUGACGAAAUCCACAAGAAAGAUUUAAUUUUACGAAACUUACAAGAAUGUCUGGGAGAAGACCGCCUCGCCGGAAUUUUGAAAGAAAGGAACCUGAAAAUCUAUUGGGGCACAGCAACCACUGGACGACCUCAUAUCGCGUAUUUUGUCCCAAUUUCAAAAAUCGCUGACUUCUUGAAAGCUGAUUGCGAGGUCACUAUUUUAUUUGCUGAUUUACACGCGUACUUGGAUAAUAUGAAAGCUCCAUGGGAACUACUUCAAUUUAGGACUACUUACUAUGAAGAAGUUAUAAAAGCUAUGUUAAUUUCGAUUGGAGUACCGAUAGAAAAACUGAAAUUUGUUCGUGGAACAGAUUACCAACUCAGCAGAGAAUAUACAUUAGAUGUGUACAGACUUUCUUCGGUGAUAACUGAGCAUGAUGCUAAGAAAGCUGGCGCCGAAGUCGUGAAACAAGUUGAAAAUCCUUUACUCUCCGGAUUACUCUAUCCAGGAUUGCAAGCUCUUGAUGAAGAAUACUUGAAAGUUGAUGCUCAAUUCGGGGGCGUAGAUCAGAGAAAAAUUUUCACUCUUUCUGAAAAAUAUCUGCCUCAAUUAGGAUAUACCAAGAGAAUCCAUUUAAUGAAUCCAAUGGUUCCUGGUUUGGCCGGAGGCAAGAUGUCAUCUUCGGUCGAAGAUAGCAAAAUUGAUAUACUCGAUAAUGCUGCAGCAGUGAAGAAAAAAUUGAAAAAAGCAUUUUGUGAGCCUGGAAAUGUAGCCGACAAUGGAGUUUUAGCCUUUGCUAAACACGUAGUUUUUAGUUUAUUUGAAGAAAAUGAAGCAUUUUUAGUUAAACGAGACGAAGUAAACGGAGGUGAUUUGAAAUUCCGAACAUACGAUGAAUUAGAGAAAAGUUUCGCAGAACAACUAUUGCAUCCGGCUGAUCUAAAAGCGUCAGUUGAAAUGUACAUAAACAAAUUACUCGAUCCUAUUAGAAAAACAUUUGAACGUGCAGAUUUGAAGAAAUUAGUUGCUAAUGCUUAUCCUCCUCCUAAAAAACAAACUGCUGCAGAAGAUGAAAUAGCUCCCCAUCGUUUGGACAUCAGGGUUGGAAAAAUUGUCGAAGUAUCGAAACAUCCUGAUGCCGAUGCCCUAUACGUUGAGAAAAUAGACGUUGGCGAUGAGCAGCCUCGAACCAUUGUCAGUGGCUUAGUUCAAUACGUGCCUAUCGAAGAAAUGCAAGACAGGCUUGUGAUCGUGUUAUGCAAUUUAAAACCAGCUAAAAUGAGAGGUGUUGAAUCUUGUGGUAUGGUUCUUUGCGCAUCAAUCGAGAAUGAAGGUGCCAAAAGCGUGGAACCCUUGCUAUCUCCAUCUGGCAGUAAAGCUGGCGAUAAAGUUGUAGUAGAAGGAUAUGAAAGUGGAACUCCUGAUGCCGUCCUGAAUCCUAAAAAGAAAAUAUGGGAAAAAUUACAGGUCGAUUUGAAAACAUCAUCGAGCUUGGAAGCCGAAUGGCAGAAUAAUCCCUUACGUACCACUGCUGGUGUAAUUACGACCAAAUCACUGAAAAAUGCUCCCAUUAAAUAAAAUUUAUGAUGAUUCUGUGUUUUUUAAAUUUUGAAGUAAAUGUUUUUUUUAAAAAAAA